GUGAGCCGGGCGCUCCGGUUGCACCAGCACGACUGCUGCGCCUUGGUGGAGCAGGCGCUGGACCUGACUGCGAACUUCGCCGAGGUGCCGCACAAGUGCGCCGCCAUCUUCCACCGGGAGUGCCACUUCCAGGCGCUGGUCCUGCACGACAUGGCGCAGGGCCUGGCCCAGACCCCGCCAGCGCGACACUCGGUGGCCUUCUUCGCGAUGCUGGGGGGCCCCGCGUUCGUCAGGGCGCUGCUUGAGUCGCUGAGCCUCUUCCUGCGCGACGCCACCGGCGAGCGCUCGGGCGACCAGAUGUUCCUCUCGCACGCGUGCGCGAUGAUACGGCUCUACGCGCAGACGCUGCUCGCCUACUACUACGCCUUCCAGGCCUCUGCCGAUGAGGUCGAGGCCGUGCUGUCGUUGCUGCUGCACGUGGUCUCGGCGCAGCACGCUCCACCGUCGCAGGGGCCGUCCGUGUCGGACCUGGACCUGAUCCUGCGGGAGGACCACGCCGACAUCAGCGUCAAGCUGUGCCUCGCGCUCGUGUGCAUGUGCCUCCCGCAGGUGAGAGGGGACGAGGGGAAGAUAGACCCCGGCAAGCUGCAGCAGGGCGCGACGCCGACGGGCAUCAGGGUGCAGGACCUGCUCGCGUCGAGGGACGCCGGCGGCCCGCUCGGCCCGAGGGGCGGCAGGACCCCGCUCGGCACGAAGAUGCAGGCGGGCGACUACUGGAACCAGGAGUCGCAGCUCGGGCAGUUCUUGGCCUUCGCCAUCAGCGGCGUGCUGCUGGAGGACGAGCAGGCCUUGCGCAACGGCUACGUGCAUUGGCACACUUUCCACUUCCUGCUCCACGAUAUCCUCCUCUCUGGCACGAUCAUCAGCGACACGUGCACGAGCCACCUCGUGCUGAAGAGCGUGAGCGCCCUGCUCGCCAGAGCGCUGCUGCCCGUCGGCCGCGGGUGGAUGGCGAUCAAGAAAUUGGAGGCAAGGGCUGUGGGUUACGGCAUGCUCGCCCCGGACGUGCUGCAGAUUUCGAUCCUCCAGGUGCUCGGCCGGCUCUGCCGAGUGUGCCCCGGCGCCUGCGACAGCUUCUGGCCGGUGGCGUCGUACUGCACGGACAACUUCCACAUGAGCGCCCCGCAGGUGCCGCGGCUGGCGCCGCUGGCGCCCCCGCUGCUGGCGCUGCUCGGCGCGGGCGCCUUCGUGGGCCCGCGGCCCGCGGAGCGCCCCGCGCGCCGGGGCCCCGGCAGGGGCGCGGCGGCCGAGGAGAGCCCCGAGGCGCUGCGGAGGCAGGCGGAGCAGCUGCGGCUGGAGGCCGAGGCGGAGCGGGCGCUGCUGGACUCGAGGCGCCGGCUCCAGGCGGCGGCCACGGGCGGCGGCGCGGAGGGCGACGGGCGGGAGAGGCUCGGCGAGGAGGCCGCGCGGGUGGCCGAGAAGCUGGAGGCCGCCCGCAAGCAGCUGAGGAAGGCCGAGGCGUUCGCGCUCCCGGAGGCCCCGGCGCUGCGGCUGGAGGUGGCGGCGCUGGAGGAGGAGAGCGCGAAGGUGGCCGCCGCGUUGGCGGCGCCCGGGCCGGAGAGCCGCCCGCCCCGCCGGCGCAGCGCGCGGCGCCGAUGGACCCCGGCAUCGCGGCGGCCGCGCGGGCGGCCAAGGCCUACAAGGAGGAGGCCAAGGUAG